AUGACUACAUUGAUUAAUAUUGGACUUAUGAUUUAUUUUGCGCUCGUGGCAUUUAUAGGCACACUUGGCAAUGGAAUUAUUUUAUUAGCUUAUGGAAAUCGUUGGAAUUCAUCAAAAUCAACAUCAGUUAUAUUUAUUCUUAUUCUUUCUUGUGUUGAUUUAUGGACAUGUCUUGUUGUUGUACCAACAAUUGCGAUAAUGGAGUAUCGUGAAUUUGAAGUACCAACACCACUUUGUCGAUUUUAUUCAUUUUCAAAAAUCCUGAUUAUCAUUUCAUCAUUAAUUAUGUCAUUUAUUGCAUUAGAUAGAUUUUUAAAUAUUGCCGUACCACAUUAUCGUUUACUUAAUCCACGUCGUGUUAAAUUUUUACUUAUAACAUUUAUUUCAAUUGGUGUUGGAUUAGGUCUAUUAACAGCUUUAGCAUUUUCAUCUUCACCCUAUCGAGUCGUUUAUCUUGCUAAUUAUACUUUAAUUCCAUCGAAUCAAUCAUUUAUGAUAAAAAAUGAUGCACAAAAAAUCUCAAUAACAAAUGAACAAAAAAAUGUUCCAUCAUUUAAAUUAACAGAUUUAAUGCAUGAACAAUUAUCUAUUCCUGUUACUAUAAAUAUAACAGAUAUUAAUUUAACAUACGUAUCUACGCAUGAUGUAUGUUUUGCUGAUACAUCAAUAAUAUCAGAAACAAUACGUGAUAUUUUACGACAUAUAUCAAAUAAAUUUUUUUUUAUUUCAAUUGGUAUUGUUACGAUACUUUAUGCUAUAACAUUCAUUCUUGCUUUACAUCGACAAAAUCCACGUAUACGUGCAUUAAAAAAAAGUUUAAAUGUUCUUAAUAAAUUUGAUUCAUAUCCAUCCAAUAAUCAUCAUCAUCAUCAACAAAUCAAUUCUCAUCCAGUUAAACAACGAACUGAUUCACUCGCAUCAUCCUAUUCACCAUUAGUUGCAUCAAGAAAAAUUAAACAAUCAUUAAUUGAUUCAAAAUGUUUAUCCGCAAAUGAUAAUCAACAAUUUGAAAUGGCAAGUUUUAAUAGUAGUAAUGAAGAACAUGAUGUUUUAACUGAACCUAAAACAGAUUUUCAUCGAAGUAUAUCAGAAGGACAAUCAGAUGAUUUACAAGUCUCAACAGAAAAAUUUUCAAAUAUGAAACAAGUAUCAUUUCAAGUUGCGCAUAGUGAAGAUCCAUUAAUUAAUAAUGAUAAACAACAUUUAUCAUCUCGAUCAAAUUCAUCUGAUAUUGAUUUAGAUCGCAAUAAUGAUACUUAUUAUAAAUUUCCAUGUCCAUGUUCAACAACACGACAAUUAUUAAUAAAAUUUCAUUUUGCUCAACCAACAUUAGAUAUAAAUCAAUGGUUAUGUUAUUGUUGUAUGAAAAAAUCGAAAUCAUCAAAUGAUAAACAAAUAACUGAAAUACAUCCAUUAGAAGAUGAAGCAGCAACAAUAUUACCACCACAUUUACCAUCGAAUCAAUAUCAUCAACGUACAUCAAUAUCAAAUAGUGAAAUAUUAAAACGGCAACUUCAUCGACAUCGUAUAAAACAAAUUCGUAUGGCAUCAACAUUUUUAUUAAUAACUGUAUCAUUUGUUCUGUUUUAUUUACCAUCAAUAUUAAAUGCUGAACGUUAUAUAAAAAGUCCAUUAUGGAUUUAUUAUUUAUAUUUAUGUACACAUGCAUUAAAUCCAAUUAUUUAUUGCUUUAUGAAUGUAAAUUUACGUGUGUAUAUUAUUUCAAUGCUUAAAUGUCAAACAAAACAAAGACGACAUAUGUCUGUUGGAGGAGCAUCAAUUUUUGAACGAUAA